UCAGAAUGAGGGUUUUGCUCCCGACGGACGUUCCGAAAGCAUUAGCCACAUCGUUGGCACCUGGUUUAGCACAGAAAAGCCCACAACGGGAUCAACAACUGCUAACUGUCCAACAAGCUUGCCUGGUGCAGCUCGGGACCUCCUGGAGUCAGGGAGCUGCAUGCCGUCAGUUUGAAAUCGGACUGUUCCCCAUGCCGCAGUUUCCGUCCUGACUGAAUUCGUAGAAAAUGCUCACCGGUCUGUCGAGGCAUGGUGUUGGUGAUCGCGUCGUUGGGAAUUUUAAAAUUUUGGCUCGGCUGGGUUUCAUCGGUGCUCCUCUCAGCGUUUUUACUCUGUCUGUCGUCUAUGUUACCCUCCUUUGCAGCGAGGGCAAUUCUUUCCAGGGAAUGCCCACACCCUUCUCUCCACAAACCGAUGAGAACUCGCGAGGAGAUCUCAGCCAGCUCGAAUCAAGUGUCUCCCAUCGAUGCCGAGCCCGCUCAAUUGACAAGAUGGCAGAUGUUCAGCAAGGCAGCGACUCAUGGCAUGGACGUGGAUAUCCACAAAAUCGUCAGGACUGAAGACAAGAUUCACGAAUCCGCGAGCUCUUCGAGUCUCGUGUGGAGUAUGUUGUUAGCUACUUGCAGGUCUUCUUGGCCAUUUGUGUCAUCUUCGCUCACAGUGCCGCUAAGUUCGGAUACAUGGCAGGUCCGCUGGCCACCAUCUAGGACGUGUACAAGAAGGGUCAGCUCUCGAAGAAUGUCCAGCCUCGGUAUGAUGAGCCAUCGGUCUGGCCACUUACGGAUACAAUGUCACCACACCCAUGGGAGUGAAGCUCGCGAAGCUGACACCCACCAGCGAAUUUGCAACCGAGCUUGCCACAGCCUUCGUGAUCAUGAUCGCUUCUCAGUAUGGUUUGCCCACUUCGUCCAGCCAGUGCAUCACCGGAGCCAUAAUCGGAGUGGGUCUGGUCGAGGGAUCGAAGGAGUCCACUGGACCCAAUUCUUGAAGCAGUUCGCCUCAUGGGUGGCCACAUUGUUCGUCAGCGGUGCAGUGGAUCCAUCCUCGAUGCGCUUUACAACUCACUGUCUCUGGUUUCAAAUAACAGCGUCUUCACACACACACAAAAUACUGUUUUCCCGGAGCUGACAUCUGUAUCGAUCCAGCGACAGUUGCUUGCAUCUCACCGAAGCUUCUUCCAUCAUUUGCUUUGCAGACAUAGUCGGUCUGGGCAUAGUUUCCUCAGAGAGGAGGUGGAACAAAUUAUAUAGGUAGUGAGUGGAACAAAUUCCAGAUCUAAACUUAUUGAUUAAACACGUUGAUUUGAGAUGUAUGAGGUGCUAGGACACCAUACCAUUAAGAGGACAAAGACACUCGGACAAAAUGUGCACGCUGAGUUUCCAAGCCAUGGUCAGUUCUGUUGGACGUUUCAACUUAUAGAUCGGCCGUUGCUCUCAUGAGCUUAAAGUCAAUAUCAAACUUAUUUGUGACGUGUUGAGUAUGCUGUUUACAUCAGCUAGCUUAAGU